UUCGCAACCCAGCUCCGCGCGCUGUGCUCGCUCCAUUCAACCACGCAAUCGUCCACUUAGAAGAGCUUUUGUGUCCAUUUAAGCACUGGACGUAUCCAACGCCGGGAGUAAACUGGGCCGGAAUUGCUUAGGCCAUAAAACUCACAAACUUCGAAUAUGACUUUCAGUAUUUAUUCCUCCUUGCUUAUUCUGGUUGUAGGGUUUCAUCUGAUUGAUGCUCAUGGUUAUACGGAGUCGGACCAGCGGUACAGGCGAUCGGGAAAACGGUGCUCUGCAUCCCACGAUCGUACGAAGCGAGAGGACCAUGCCCAAUUUCCUCGCCACCUUCAUCAUUCUGACCCCGUCGACGAGCUAGAUUUUGCUUCGUAUUUCUCUGGUGCUUCUGAUAUUAUUCGCUUGACAGAUACUGAAAGUGUUCCACGAGCUAGUUUUACAGUCGCAUUUUGGGUUAAAGCAGAAGGAGGACAAUUUAGCCAAACGGAUAUACUACGACUCCACGAUACAUGUGAACUUCGUCGAGAGAAUGGAUGGGCAAUCGGCAUUAACACCAAAGGUUCCCAAAGGCAAGAUGCUCAUUUGUUUUUUCAGCUCAAGACUGAUCGAUCUAAAUCACCCACUGAAAUAGCAGCGCCAUUUCGCUACGAGGUUCAUCGAUGGUACCAUAUUGCCGCAUCCUACGACGAAUGGACCAUCAAACUGUACAUUAAUGGAGCUAAAGUUGGAGCUAAAGGAGGCCAAAGAGGUCCGCUGUUCAGCGAAGUAAAGCGUCAGUGCAAAGAGCUUGAAUUCGGUGGAUCACUGGAAUUUGACGUAGGCUUCAGAGGAUCGGUCGAUGAAAUGCAUCUGUGGUCAAAGGCUUUGUCACAUCGCCAAAUUGCCAUGUUGUAUAACAACCAAUCGAAUUCCUAUCAAGAUGACGCUAUUGUUGACAGAUUGGUUUUCUGGGAUCCUUUCGACAAUUUCACCAGUUGGAGCAUAAAGAACGACCGGUUACCGAGGUUGAUUCCGUCCGAUAUUUCUAGCAAAAAGCAUGACAUUAGUUUAACAACGCCUAAGUGUGGUAUAACAGUCUGUGAUAACCCAGUUGUUGUAGGUUCAUACAUAGAACAGACGUCUCUGCGACGUCCAAAGAUCGUACGUUACAGAGUGAUCAACAUAGCAAUGGACGAUGGAACGUCUCCUAUGGUAUCCCGAGUUCAAAUAGAGAGGCAGCACAGUGAACUUAACAAAGCGUUCGGCAGGUAUAAUAUCACUUUCAAACGAACGGAUUAUUUAAUCAGCAAUACCUCACUGCGGCAGACGCAAAUUGUUCCUGGUUGUGAGGCUGAUGACAUCGGCAACAGUAAAUGUGAUAUUCACUGUAGUCCCCAGUUUACUGGAAAUGAUGGUGGAGACUGUGACGAUGAAGACUUGAACUGUUCGUUGACUUCUAUUGGUAAUGGAAAGUGUGAAGAUAACUGUAAUAGGGCGUACCAUGACUGGGACGGUGGAGAUUGCUGUGAUCCGCAGCUUACAGAUACCUUCGAAACGUGCUUUGAUCCCUCGUCACGCUAUUGUAUGUUCAUGGGAGAGAGAGAGUAUAAGACUACAGUCGGACUGGAUUCUAGGGAGUAUUUGAAUAUAUACAUUGCGAAAUAUACUGACGAAGAAUUGCUGGGUACUGCAACGAUGCCAUGGGAUUUCGGUGUUUAUGGACUUCAUGGUGGCGUUGUGAUGCAUGCUGAUGCGUAUGGUGUACCAGGCGUAAUGGAUUCAGUUAUACACGAGAUCGGCCACAGCCUGGGACUAUGGCAUGUUUUCCACGGCGUGACUGAGAUGCGUUGCAACGAAGAAUGUUUCGAAACCGAACCUAGUUUAGAGCUCGGCGAUUUGAUUGCAGACACAAAUCCAACGCCCAUGAAUGAACAUUGCAGAGACCCGCGGCUCGAUGAAACCAGUGAUUGUGGGUUGAGUGGUUUUCGUGACACGCCAUUUAGGAACUACAUGAGCUAUGCAAAUGAUUCCUGUACUCAGUCAUUUACUCACCAGCAAAUGGCUCGGAUGCAUUGCUACCUGGAUCUGUUCUACCAAUCAUGGCAGAAAGACAGAGAGCCAUCAGUGAUCCCUUUGCCACCGAAAGUGAUCUCAAAAUCAGCGGAUUCCGUAACGAUAGCAUGGCAUCCACCACUCACCGGACACAACGUCGCCGAAGACUCUAAGCUCUGCCAUGACUGCGUAGAGGGAGAUGUACUGAUACAGUACGCCGACUCUGCUUUUUCUCCACAUUCAGAAAACCUUUACGGGGAUUACUCUCCUCAACAGGCGACAGGUCCACCAAACGCAGCCAAGUGUUCUGUUAAUCAUCGAACCUGGUGGAUUGAGAAAAAUAAAUGCGAGAACUGUAAACUGAAGCUGAACUUUAAAUUUCCCGUGGUUCCUGCUAGAGUGGUGGUAUGGGUGACAAAACUUGACCGUGAGCAAGCGAUCCAGAAUAUUGAGCUGGUGACAGUCAACAAAACUCGGAUCAGCCUUGGUUCUAUGGACGUUUACUGUGACAUUCCAUUGAGCACUAAACUUGACAACAUUGUGGAAAAAGUAAAGUCCGUAAUUAUCUACACGAACGGUCCAUUUGUCGCAAUCGACGCCGUGCAGCUUAUUUCACGACCAGGUCACAAUAACUGUCAGACUUGCAAACCAAUUAACUACUACUUGACAAGAGAUCCACCCUUUGUCAAUUCCAACGGAGGCAAAUUGGUAAAUUCAACAGUAUUCGAAGACUACACCGUCGACGAGUUCACUGAAUAUACAUACCGCGUACAAGCAAACACCAAGCACGCCAUUGGGGAUCCAUCACCGCCCCUCGUCAUCGGUACUGGUUUUCGCUUUUGUGGAAAUGGUAAGAUUGAGAGUGGCGAGACUUGCGACGAUGGCAAUGUUCUGAGCAAUGAUGGCUGCAAUGUUAAUUGCAAGGAAGAGACAGGAUUUAAAUGUGCAGGCUCACCUAGUUUGUGUUAUCGUUACAAUGGUGACGGUGAGUGUGAAGAGUUUGAGAAACAGACGAACGUCGCAGAUUGUGGUUUCUAUACUCCACCAAGAUUCUAUGACCAAUGGGCUUCUUAUGCACGAGGUAAUCCUAAAAGUCGAGGCGAAGAAUGCCCGGAAAGUAACAUCAUUGGCGAACCUCCCAGGGAUCAGGUUUGCAGCUACAGAUUGACUGAUGCAUUAUGGAGUCCAUGCGGGGCUGGUCUUAAUGACUACAAUCUAUGGUUGAAGGUUGGAUUCCCCAAAGCAGUUGUGGUAACGAGUGUCCUGAUCUACAUUGGUGCUGACGGCGUAACAAACCAGGCUUCAACACCGACACAUGCGUCUGUUAAGUUAAUCGACACAGAUGGAGUUGACCAUUACUUAGACCAUGAUGUACCUCUAAAAUGCACCUCGAAUCCAGCUGCUUUUAAUGUCAAGCACGACCUCAGCGAACCGUUCUACUACUCCCGAGAAGUUGUCAUCUCAUUAGAUUAUAAGUUUAUUGGCAUCUCAGGUGUUCGUCUACGAUCUCUAAAAUCGUUCGACCCUCUUAUUCUACAAUCAUGUGGAGAAGACGAACUCUACAGUCCAACAACGAGGCAGUGUAGCCGUUACUCAUGUGAUAUACCAACUUGCACUGUUCCCGAAGCAAGGUAUGCGACGUUAAGCCGAAAUGUUAGUGAUAUUGUUGAGGAAGGGGAAACCUACACAAUAGAAUGUGACAAGGGGUACAGACCAUUAGGAAAAAAUGAGGUUAUGUGUGUAAACGGACAGUGGGAAGGUAAAGAUGUGACAUGCAAGCCAGUGGAUUGUGGGAACCCAGACAUCACUUAUGCUACGACAUUAUGUCCAGAAGGAACUCUUUUUGGGCGAACGUGUAACUUUAAGUGCAAUCCACCAGCCAAAAUGCAAGGAACCGAUAAGUCUGUGACGUGUUUAGAAGAUGGUGAAUAUUCUUUGCCGAAUUCAUUCUGUCAGCAACACUGCGACCCACCGCCGUUACCACUCAACUCACUGCCAGCGACAUCGCAACCCCUCACUUAUAACGUCGGUAGUCAUGCCAGAUAUAGAUGCAAAGUUGGAUACCAUGUUCAAAAUAAAAGGCAUCGGCGUACGUUUCGUUUGCAAUGUGGUGAAAAUCUUGAAUGGUCUGGGCCGUCGUGUGUUCGAGUGCAGUGUCCACCCCCUCCAGCUAUGUAUCAAGGAUUAUAUAAUUGCAGUGACGACCAAUACUUCCAAAGUCAGUGUAGUCUUCAUUGUCCAGGCAGACCUGAGAAGACAAUAGUAACUUGUGGUCAGAGAGGUUGGGAUACACCUUGGCACGAUGCCUUUUCUGCCUGCAUGAAACACACUGGUUCACUGUUAUGUCCGGAACCCGAAAGUAGUAACGAGGUGGAGUUUAGGUGCAACGGUAACAGAGUUGGAACCAACUGUACAGCCGCGUGUAAUGCGUACGGUCAUGACGCAGUUUUGACAAACACAAGCCUGAUUGAUAAUGUAUGGAAGACGAAUGGAAGACACAUCAUCUGUACAGUUCGUCGUGAGUGGUAUCCGGAUCCGUCGUUAGUCACGUGUGUCAAGGGAUGUCAAGAGGACUUUAUCAGGGAUGGAUAUUGUGACGGAAUUAAUAAUCGUGCCUACUGCAACUGGGACGGCGGAGAUUGUUGUACAUCGACCGUGAAAGACGGAGAAGUUAUUCCUUUUCCUGCAGGCUGCAAAGACGACUGUCGGUGUCUGGAUCCAAACGCCAUCGAAAACCAACAGAAGUAACGCGGUUUUGAUAUAUUUUCAGAGAAAUAUUAAAGAGAGUCUAUAUGAUUGUUUUUUUGGUUGCUUUUUUUUUGCAAAUUGGCUUAUGGUCUGGGAUAUAAUUAAUUGUACAUCUUUUUUUAUCUUACCAUAUUUGUUAAAACUAUCAAUCGACAAAAAUAAAAUUAGCAUUAUGCUAAAAAUAAUAGCCUCCGUUAUUGCACAAUGAAAUUAUAAACGCAUGCCCAUUGGGUAUAAGCAGUAAAAGAAUGACGUCAUUAUAUUUGAAAACAUGUUAUGUAGUUAUGUAAAUAAAUUACAGUAUUUUAAUUCUUGUUCACAGUACAUAUUACAUUAAAAAAAUAUGUUAAACAUAUGUUAUAUGUACGACCGUAGAUGGUUACGUUAGAUGGGGAUUUAAUGAACCAUAUCAAUGCAAUGUAUGUGUGUGUUGUGUGAUGAGAGGGCGUGUGUGUGGGUGUGUGUGUGUGUGUGUGUGUGUGCGUUCUAUAAUGUUGUGUACGUGUGUGUAAUGUCACAUUUCUAUUUUAUGCUGUUAAAACAAUGCAAAUAAACUAAGAUUAUAUAAACCUCCCUGAA